AUGGGUCUCCAGAAGCAAAAGCACACCGAAACAGGGACAAAGUCGUUUUUCACACAGAGGCAGUAUUGUAAUGACGUCACAAGGUACUGCAUGUGCAGCAGCACGUGCAAGGCCCAAGGAGAUGCUGCAGCUGAGGUGCUGAUGCUGGCGUUCCACUGCUCCUGGUGCUGGCAUACCUGGCAGUCGCCCCACGUGGUCAUCCUCUUCCACAUGUACCUGGACCGCGCGCAGCGGGCGGGCUCGGUGCGCAUGCGCGUCUUCAAGCAGCUGUGCUACAAGUGCGGCACGGCGCGGCUGGACGAGUCGAGCAUGCUGGAGGAGAACAUCGAGAGCCUGGUGGACAACCUCAUCACCAGCCUGCGCGAGCAGCGCUACGGGGAGAGCGGCGGCCAGUACCGCAUCCACGUGGCCAGCCGCCAAGACAACCGGCGGCACCGCGGAGAGCUCUGCGAGGCCUGCCAGGAGGGCAUCAUGCAUUGGAAGCCCAGCGAGAAGCUGCUGGAGGAGGACGUGACCUUCUCCGGUGCCUCCAAGCCAUGGGCCCAGGAGGCAUCGGGCUACAACUUCUCCUCCCUUCGCUGGGGCCUCUUCUGGGCCUCACUGUACCUGCUCAUUGUCUACCUGCAGUUCUCCUUUCGAAGCUCGACCUUCCUGUAG